AUGACCGAACAUCAGCAAGACAUAAAGCACGGCGACACCCUGGAGAGAAUACCCCCCACGUCAUCUUCUGAUAGUUCUGCUGUCACGGUCUCAACUCACGGAGAUGGAAACACACACUUGAAAAGGGUGCAGACGACCGAUGAGCAGGAGGACAAUCUUUUCCGUGCGCUAUCACGCCGACGUACCAGCGCGACUGGCCAAGGCCGACACGGCGAUGGCGACGGCGAUGACGAAAAUCACGAGAUCAACCGUCUCAUGUCCCGUAUGUUUGGACAGGCACGCAGAGAGAAGAACGAAGAGAACGAGACACGACACAGCGGUGUCGUCUUCCGCGACCUCACCGUCAGGGGCCUUGGCCUGGGUGCCAGCCUCCAGCCCACGGUUGGGGACAUUUUCAUGGGUCUCCCGCGUAGGCUGGGCAAUCUGUUUAGCCGCGGGACCAAGGCUGCCGUUUCCAAACCUCCUGUGCGCGAGCUUCUCAGCAACUUUGACGGAUGCGUGCGUCCCGGAGAGCUUCUGCUCGUUCUCGGACGUCCCGGAGCCGGCUGCACCACGUUUCUCAAAGUUUUUGCCAAUCAACGGUCGGGUUUCGAGUCCAUCGACGGCGAUGUGACAUAUGGUGGCACCGGGGCUGACGAGAUGGCUAAACGGUUCCGUGGAGAGAUCAUCUAUAACCCUGAAGACGAUCUCCACUACGCUAAGCUGUCGGUGCGGCAGACAUUGUCGUUUGCGCUGCAGACGCGCACGCCCGGCAAGGAGGCCCGGCUCGAAGGCGAGACACGCGGCGACUAUAUCUCCGAGUUCCUGCGCAUCGUCACUAAGCUCUUCUGGAUCGAGCAUACGCUCGACACCAACGUCGGCAACGAGUACAUCCGCGGCGUAUCGGGCGGAGAGCGCAAGCGCGUCAGCAUCGCAGAGGCUAUGAUCGCCCGUGCUUCAGUCCAGGCCUGGGACAACUCCAGCAAAGGCCUAGACGCUUCAACUGCCCUCGAAUAUUUACGCUCCAUUCGCGCCAUGACAAACAUGGCCGGCGUCUCCACCGCCGUUUCGCUCUACCAGGCUGGCGAGUCUCUGUAUGAUCUUGCCGACAAGGUCCUCCUCAUCGACGAGGGCAAGUGCCUCUAUUUUGGCCCUGCCGACGCCGCCAAGAAAUACUUCCUCGACCUAGGUUUCGACUGCCCCGAUCGCUGGACCACACCCGACUUCCUGACGUCUGUCAGCGACGAUCACGAGCGCAGCAUCCGCCCCGGAUGGGAGAACCGCAUUCCACGGACGCCGGAGGCGUUUUCCGAGCUGUACCGUCGCAGCGAGGCCCGCCGCCAGAACCUGGCCGACAUGGAGGAGUUCGAGUCGCAGCUCCGGAGUGAGAAGGAGAGCAGGGGUGGCGACGCUGCCGACACACAAAAGGAUAUGAACUAUACACUUCCCUUUUACCAGCAGGUAAUGGCCUGCACCAAGCGUCAGUUCCUCAUCAUCGUUGGAGACAGGGCAUCCUUGUUCGGAAAAUGGGGUGGGCUUGUUUUCCAGGGCCUCAUUGUCGGUAGCAGUUUCUACGGUCAGGACAACACGGUAACUAGUGCCUUUGCCCGGGGCGGAGCCUUGUUCCUCCUCCUCCUUUUCAAUGCGCUGCUGGCCUUGGCAGAGCAGACGGCGGCUUUUGGAGCCAAGCCAAUCCUGCUCAAGCACAAGUCCUUUAGCUUCUACCGCCCGGCCGCCUAUGCCAUUGCCCAGGUGUUUGUCGACAUACCCCUGGUUCUGAUUCAAGUGCUCAUCUUCAACCUCAUCAUCUACUUCAUGGCCGACCUUGCCCGCACCGCCUCGCAGUUCUUCAUCACCUUUCUCAUCCUUUGGCUCGUCACAAUGACUACCUACUCCUUCUUCCGCGCCAUCUCAGCCUGGUGCGGCACUCUCGACUCGGCCACACGCAUCACCGGAAUCUCCAUUCAGAUCCUCGUCGUCUACACUGGAUACCUGAUCCCUCCCGGGUCUAUGCACCCUUGGUUCAGUUGGCUACGCCGAAUCAACUGGAUGCAGUACGGGUUCGAGUGUUUAAUGGCAAACGAAUUUACCUAUCGUGAUAUGCCCUGCGAGACGCCCUAUCUCGUGCCUCUAGGCCUCCGCGCCAGUCCUCAGUACCAGUCGUGUACGCUCAAGGGCAGUGUUCCGGGCCGUACCAGCGUGAAGGGGUCCGACUACAUCAAGGAAUCCUUCAACUACAGCCGCUCCCACCUCUGGCGGAACUUUGGCUUACUCUGGGCCUUCUUCAUCUUUUUCGUAUUCCUCAAUGUCGUCGGCAUGGAGCGCAUGAAGGCCAAUGCUGGAGGGGCUGCUAUCACCGUUUUCAAGAGAGGACAGGUUCCCAAGAAAGUUGAAAAAACCAUAGAGACUGGAGGCGGCCAGGGCACCAAGGACGAGGAGACUGGCGCCAGCCAAGGUGCCGCCACCGUCAGAGUGGGUGCCGACAAGGAUGAAAAUGAGAAGGAGAGUAUAAAGACAACACAGCAGGUUGCCAAGAACGAGACGGUAUUCACGUUUCGCAAUGUGAACUACACCAUCCCUUUCAAAGGUGGCGAACGCAAGCUUCUGCAGGAUGUUCAGGGCUACGUUCGACCCGGAAAGCUAACUGCCCUCAUGGGUGCUUCUGGUGCUGGAAAGACGACGCUUCUCAAUACGCUCGCCCAGCGUAUCAACUUUGGAACAGUCACAGGCGACUUUCUCGUGGAUGGGAGGCCACUACCCAGGUCAUUUCAACGGGCUACUGGCUUUGCCGAGCAGAUGGAUAUUCACGAGCCGACAGCCACCGUUCGUGAGGCGCUCCAGUUCUCAGCCCUACUCCGACAGCCGCGCCACGUCCCUCGCGAGGAGAAGCUGGCAUAUUGCGAGACAAUCAUAGAUAUUCUAGAGAUGCACGACAUUGCCGGGGCGGCUAUCGGCGUCACGGGCCAGGGUCUGAACCAGGAGCAGCGCAAGAGGCUAACGAUUGGCGUGGAACUGGCAUCGAAGCCUGAGCUUCUCAUGUUCCUGGACGAACCGACAUCUGGCCUUGACUCGGCGGCAGCCUUCAAUAUCGUGCGGUUCCUGCGUAAGCUGGCGGACGCGGGCCAGGCGAUUUUGUGCACUAUUCACCAGCCGUCGGCGGUUUUGUUUGAACACUUUGACGAGCUCCUCCUGCUCCAGUCGGGCGGCCGGGUCGUGUAUCACGGACCUCUGGGCGAGGAUAGUCAGAUACUCACGCAUUACUUCGAGUCCAACGGCGCCAAGCCGUGUCCCGCCAAUGCCAACCCAGCCGAGUACAUGCUAGAGUCUAUUGGGGCGGGAGACCCCAACUACGAGGGACAGGACUGGGCGGACGUGUGGGCCAAGUCGGAGAAUCACAAGGCGCGAUCGCGCGAGAUUGAGGCCAUGGUGAAGGAGAGGCAGCAUACCGAGAUGUCGCAGAGCCUCAAGGACGACGACGAGUUUGCAGCGCCCAUGCGGCAGCAAAUGAUCUUGGUCAUCAAACGUGCUUACAUAUCGUACUGGCGGUCCCCUAACUACAUUGUGGGCAAGUUCAUGCUUCACAUCAUGACAGGCCUAUUCAACUGCUUCACCUUCUGGAGACUGGGCUACUCGUCGACCGCUUACCAGAACCGUCUGUUCUCGAUUUUCAUGACGCUAACCAUUUCGCCGCCGCUUAUCCAGCAGCUUCAGCCGGUGCUCCUCCGGUCGCGUGACAUCUUCACGUCGCGCGAGAACAAGGCGAAGAUUUACUCCUGGCAAGCAUGGGCGACGUCAAUCAUCCUAGCCGAGAUUCCGUACCUGGUCGUGGCUGGAGCCGUCUACUUCUGCUGCUGGUGGUGGGGCGUUUUCGGCACACGCGUCUCGAGCUUCACGUCGGGCUACGUCUUCCUGCUGGUACUCCUGUUCGAGCUUUACUACACCAGUUUCGGGCAAGCCAUUGCAUCAUUUGCCCCUAACGACCUGCUAGCCUCGCUCCUCGUUCCACUCUUCUUCCUCUUCAUCGUCUCGUUCUGCGGUGUCGUCGUUCCAGCCCAGCAACUGCCCACCUUUUGGCGCGAGUGGAUGUACUGGCUCUCCCCCUUCCACUACCUGGUCGAGGGCUUCCUGGCUGCUGCCAUCCACGACAAACCCGUCCGCUGCACCAAGAAGGAGUUUGCCUACUUCAGCCCGCCCCCCGGUCUGUCGUGCGACCAGUACGCCGGUCCUUACACCAAACAGGCCGGCGGCUACAUCCAGACCCAGCCCGACGGCUCGUGCGCCUUCUGCCAGGCUGCCACCGGAGACGAGUUUGGCCGCGGCUUUAGCGUUUAUUACAAUCACAUAUGGCGCAACUUCGGUAUCUUCUGCGCCUUCAUCGUCUUCAAUUACUGCAUUGUCUACCUCUCCACUUGGCUCCGCUUCAAGGGCAGAUCUACCAUCCGGUCUAUUAUUCCCGCAAAGAAAUCGACCGGCAAGAAUUAG